CUAGGUGACCGUAUGUUACUAUAUUGUCCAGACUGGGCACUUGAGACUAGAGGGAGAGGUGAUAUUAAUACUUAAAUCUGGACAACAGGCCUAAACUGAGACUGUCCCAGGCAAACCAAGGUGUGAGGGCAUCUUGGCCCAGAGUUCACCGCAAAGCAGUUAAGAAAUGACUGAGGUCAGGAAUAAUUGAGAGUAGUAGAGGUCUAUGGCAGACUGCAGAAAGCACACCCGUUGAUAGGACAGCCUCUUCCACACAGCUGUGUUUCUGUUUUCACAGUAGAAUGUGGGCCUAAGUUUGCUUCAUAUUCUGCUCUUUUAAGAAACAACCUAGACUUGUACACAAAAUUUAAUAAUAUUAAGAUGUUGGCAGCUAAUUCACGUUCCCUGUGCAACCCCUGUUGGCCAUUUCUGCCUCCCUGGGGCCCCUGCACAUUUGUUCAGUUGUCAGCCUGCUCUGGUCCUGGCCACGGCAGCCCACUCGUGGUGAGGCAUGAAGUGCUCCCAGCUGAACCAGUGGGGCCGUGAUCUGUAUGGCAGUCUGACCGUGGUAGUAUCUUCUAGCUGUGAGGGACAUGUCUGCAUUUUGCUCCACCCCUGGGGCGGGAGCAUCCCUAACCAGCCUUUCUGACGUGAGCGGGGUGGGAAGGAGGUCACCUGUCAUGUGGUCACUCCUAGUGCCUGCUGGGAUUUAGAACUCAAGAAUGACCUCACGGUUUCUAAUGCAGGAGCCUGAAUAAAUGGCAAAUUGCAUCUUUCAGAUAGGAAGAACUCUUCACACCAGAGCCCAGCGUGCAGACACGCCAUGUGAGGAUGCAGGCACAGCUCGUCAGGCCAUCUUGGAAGUUGUAGAGGGAUUCCUUUGUCUUGCGUGAGCUUGGACACAUAGGCCUUCCAAGCCUCCGCCCCUGCUCCCGGCGCCCGAGAUGCGAGCUCGGCUGCUGCCAGUGUUCUUCGGGGAGAGCAUCAAGGUGGACCCCGAACCCUCGCACGAAAUCCGCUGCAACUCCGAGGUCAAGUACGCCUCGCAGAGGCACUUCCGGGACAAGGUGUUCUACGCGCCGGUGCCCACGGUCACGGCCUACAGCGAGACGGUGGUGGCGGCGCCCAACUGCACCUGGCGCAGCUACCGCAGCCAGCUGACCCUGGAGCCGCGGCCGCGCGCCCUGCUCUUCCGCAGCACUACCAUCAUCUUCCCCAAGCAGGCGCGCAGCAGCUUCCGGACCACGCUGCACUGCAGCCUGGGCCCGCCGCGCCGCUGGUUCAGCGCCAGCGUGCAGCUGCGGCCGUGCGGGGCCCCCGCGCCCUAG